UUUUAAUUUUCUCUCACUUUCCACAAUUUUCCCACGAAAUUUUCCUCUCUCUUUUUAUUUCUCUUCCUCUUUCCUUCCAUUCCUUUCCAUCUUCAAACUUUUCAUCUCUAUUUCUCUCUCUAAAAACAACAACCUAAGACAACCCUUUUCUCUUAUUCCUUCUUCUUGUUCUUCUAGCAUCAUUUUUUUUCUCAUUCUGAUUCUCAUCCAAAAAUCAAUCUUUUCAACAACCCUUUGAGUUUCUCUCACUAAAAACACAAUCUUUUCACAAUUUUCUCAAACCCCAAUUUGAUUAUCUUUGAAUCCCUUAUACCCACAAGAAAAAGGUUAAUUUUUUAUCACUGAUAAAAAAUGGGGUUUUCAAAGAAACAACAAAUUGAGAAUACUUUAGAAUCCGAAUCGAAAAAAUGGGUAAUCGCUGGAAUUUCUCUCCGGUCACUGAAACCCAUAAACACAAAGGUGAGUUCUAAUAAAGAUGUUGCGUUUGAAGAUGAAGAAGAUUCAACAACACCGACAGCAAAGGAAGCGAGGAUUCCGAUGAACUUGUCGUGUCCACCGGCACCGAGGAAACAGAGAAUUUCAAGAUGUAACAAUGUUGUUGUCGGUGGUGUUGUUAGAGAGUUUUUUACACCUCCUGAUUUGGAAACAGUGUUCAAGCUUCGUGUUGAGAAGAGUCUUUGAUUUGUUUGAGGUUUUUAUUCCACUAACAAACUUUGAAAAUUAGGGUUCAUCAUGAUGAGGUUAUUAGAUUGAUAUUGUUAUAUUUCUCUUUGAAGAACCUAUGUAUAAAUGAAAAUUUUCAAUUUCAAUA